CCUUUUCAAACUAAACUGUAAAAACUAGCGCAAUGACGAACGACAAAUGGCCUUCGGGUAGUGUAACUCACGAAUGUAUCAGCAGAGGGCUUUCGUUUUGGCAAAAACACUGAAACUGAGAUUCAUUCGAUUGGACUCUCACUUUUGUUUUCAGAUACUUUCGCUGUCUCUUCUUCACCGUGCGCCACCUUCUCCUCUAACAUACCAGUGAUGGAUGGUGGUGAAGAUUCCCAAGAAAGUCCAAGUGUUAAUGCAGCGGCUGCAUCAAGUUCCGAUAAUGCAGAGCCAAGUGCCUCGCAGACUGGAGCACAACGCAAUUCCCUUGAGAAAUGCAAGCAGAAUGCAAAUGAAAUAGAGGUGGACGAAUCCUGCACAUCAAAAAAGCGGCCUCACAACAGCUUCAUUGAAUAUUACUUGAGCAAAGGAUUGGAUGGAGAGAGGGAAAAUAGGGGGAAGAAGAAAUUGAAGGCUCCAAAGAAUGUCGCAAAGCAAUGGAAGUCACUCCCAGAGGAGGAGAAGAGACCAUUCCAAGAUGCAGUGAAAGAUGCUUGGAAAAAUCAUGUAAAAGAGAGAGGUGAGCGCCCUGAAGCACCAAAGAAGGCAUAUCUUGAUUCCCGGUGUUCGUUGAGAAAGUUUGCAGCAGUUGUCAAAAUGUUUGAUCAAGAUCAGAUUCAAGCAGUUAAUGCUCUUGGACUUGCUGGGCUCUUGCAUAUUAAAAAGCAAAAAAGGAAGUUCCAAGUGAUUGAAGAUCUUGCUGCCAGGUUUGACAUACAAUCUUGUGAGUUAGAGGUUCAUGGAGGGAGAUUGAAAUUAACUCCUGGUGGAGUCGAGUGGCUGUUGGGUCUGCCAUCGUCUGGGCUUAGCGUGGAGCAAUUUAUUGGAAAUGACGAGGAUGUCCGCAUGAUGUACAACCUUGGUUCAGAUCGAAUUCAUGCUGGUCAGCUAGGGGAUGGUUUGGCUUCAAUCCCUGCCAGUCCUGAGUUUCAAGCAAAAUUCCUUCUGUAUGCCAUCUCUACUGUGAUACGGCCUAGCACAUCUGUAUAUGUCAGUCCAUCAUGCUUUGGCAUCUUGAAAAAUCUCUCAAUUGUUUGCGCUCUCAAUUGGGCAAAAUAUGCAUUGGAGGGCCUUGUUAGUGGAAUUAAGAAAUAUCGCGAGACCGAUUUUGCGCCUAGCAAAGCUAAGCGGCUGACUGGGUGUCUUCUCAUUUUAGAGAUCUUUUACUUGGAGCAUGUCAAUGUUGGCCAAAUUAAAUUACCAAGAGCAAGUGGACUAGCACCUCGGAUUUGUGAUUGGGAUGAAGAUGCCAAAAGUCUCGUGUUUGAGAAGGUAUACAAGCUUGGAGGUAUGGACAGUGAUAAGGUUGAACUGGUUACGAGAGGUGUUUCCGCUAUGGCAUCACACAGUGUUACGGUUGCAAAGAAUAAAGAACUUGCCGAAUUGCGUAAAGAUAUGGUGAAACUUCGAGAGGAUGUGAUGUUUUACAUGGAGAAAAUGAGUGCUGACAUGGCCAGAUUUAAGGAGACUGUUCUGUCUGCAAUAGCUGGGAAGCAAGUGUGCCUACUUGUACCAUCAGAACAUAUUCAACCUUCACAUCCCAAUGAUGAUAGUCGAGAGGCUGAGCAGGAGGACGCCACUGAAGUUCCUACUGAAGCGGUACCUGAGCAAACUGUCCAGACUCCGCCUGGUCAAACGCCUACCGAUGAACACUCGCACAAGGAUAAGUUAGGGGUUGUUUUGUGUUCAGGACAGCCUCGCCUCGGUGCUUUGAAGGAUUCUGUUGAUUCCCAUGCCAAAGGGAAUAUUGCAUCACAUGGAGCUGGGGAAAAAACGGUUUUGACCUUUGAUUUAUCAGUAGGGAGGAUUGAUUGUUAACAUGGCAUGAUUUAUGAUACAACUGUGGGUGGAAUUGAUAUUGUCAUGCAGGGGCCUUAGAUGCAAUAAUGGAUGGGAUUGCUAUUUGCAAUGCUUCACGUU